CAGUCUCUGCAAGUCAGGUACUAUUAUGUACAGCUAUAGUGGAAAUUGUAAAUCCUGAAAAUAAUAUUUCUUACCGUGCUCGAGCUCUCCUUGACACAGGUAGUCAAUCAUCGUUUAUUACAAAUAAAUUCAAAAUAAAGCUAGGUCUACAGACACAAUGUUCAAACCCAAUACGUAUCGCUGGCAUUGGUAAUGUGCAGUGUGACAUUACAGAGAGGUGUAGUUUGAAAUUAUUUUCAUGUAUUGAUAAAUCAUUUAACUUAGAAAUGAUGUGUUUAGUAGUACCACAAAUAACUAGUAGUUUACCAACACUAAAAGUUGAUGUUAAAAGUUUAGGGCUGCCGGCUAACAUAAUCCUUGCAGACCCUGAGUUCCAUUGUCCCUCCGAUAUUGAUAUGUUAUUGGGGGCAGACGUUUUUUGGGAAAUAGUAGGUACCCAACAAAUAGGAUUGGGUAGACAUCGGCCUAUAUUACAAAGCUCUAAGUUAGGCUGGCUAGUAACUGGCCCUAUAGGAAUAGGACAGUCUAAUUUGUCACAUGAAAAUUCAUAUAUUAAUGUUUUAAAUUGUAGUAUUAUAAAGGAUGAUAUUCAUGAUUCAUUACAAAGAUUUUAGGAGGUAGAAGAAUUGCCUUCAAAUAAAAUAUCUUACACGCUUGAAGAACAAGCAUGUGAAAACAGUUUUAAACAAAAUACAAGUCGCUUGCCAAGUGGUAGGUUUUUAGUUAAAAUGCCACUGAAAGAAUCACCAGAGGAAGCAUUAGGUGAUUCAUAUAAUAUUGCCAAAAGGCGUUUUUUUAGUUUAGAAAACAAGUUAGAUAAGAAUCCUAAUAUUAAGAAACAAUAUGUAGAUUUUAUUAAAGAAUAUUUAGAUUUAGGUCAUUUGGAAGAUACAUCUCUACCACUUAAAGUUUUACAAUUAAACACUGUAACAUAUGGUACAGCUUCAGCACCUUUCCUAAGUACUAGAUGUCUAUUGCAAUUAGCUGAAGAAUGUACAGAUAUGUCUAUUGCUAAUAUAAUUAAGAAUGAUUUUUAUUAUGAUGACCUAAGUACUGGAGCAUCUACAGAAGAUGAACUAUUGAAAAUCUAUAACUCUGUGACUGAAAUAUUAAGUUCAGCAUCAUUCCCAUUACGCAAAAUACGCACUAAUUGUCCAAAAAUAUUUGAAAAUGAUGUAAAUAAUAAUACAUUAAAUCUAACUAAACAGUCAUGUGUACUAGGGUUGAAUUGGUCACCUACAGUAGAUUUGUUUACAUUUCCUAUAGACAUAAAUAUAGAUUCAUUAAAUAUUACUAAGAGAACAAUAAUAUCUACAACUUGUAAAAUCUUUGACCCUUUAGGUGUCUUGUGUGCAUGUAUCAUUACUGCCAAAAUAAUAUUACAACAAUUAUGGAGCGCUAAGAUAGACUGGAAUGAUUCAGUACCUGAUGAUAUUAAGAAUUCUUGGAUUAAAUUUACAAAAAACCUUUCAGAUCUAUCAAACAUAAAAUUGGAAAGAAAUGUUAUCUGUGACUUGCCAAUAUCAGUAGAGCUGCAUUGUUUUGUAGAUGCAUCACAGAAUGCAUAUAGUGCUUGUGUUUAUUUAAGGACAACUAAUAAUAAUAAUCAAAUUACAGUUAAGCUGUUAUGUGCCAAGGCUCGAGUGGCUCCAUUGAAGCCAACCACCAUACCUCGCUUGGAGCUGUGUGGUGCCUUACUCGGAGCAAGGUUAUGUGCAAAAGUUUUAGAGUCACUACGUUGUAAUAUUAUCAGUAAAACUAUUUGGACCGAUUCAAUGGUAGUACUUGGUUGGCUAAAGGUUCAAUAUAAGCAUCUAAAACCUUUUGUUCGUAAUAGAGUAAAUGAGAUCAAUGAAAUUACAGCAGACUAUUCAUGGCGACAUGUGCCUACUGACUGUAACCCUGCUGACCUAGCCUCAAGAGGUGUAACUCCAUCCACAACAGUUGCAGUCCUCAUCCUUGUGGUGGGAGGGACCUUCAUUUCUUAGAAGGGACCCAAGUGAGUGGCCUCAGCAAGGUGUACCAAAUUUAGAAUUACCAGAACUUAAAGUAAUGGUUACUAGUA